CUCCUCCAUUUCCAUCUGAGGGAAGGGAAACCCACUGGACUGAACCAUGUCCUUCCGAACCCGCGCCUCGUCCUGGACCCGUCUUCUCCUCCGCCGUAACCCUAGAUCCUCAUUCUCCCGUCAAAUCUCCAGUCUCGAUGCCUCAGGAUCCGCAUUUCCCGGAAGAAUAACACCAUGGAUCUCGUCGCAGACCCACCGUUUCUCCUCCGCCACCACAAUUUCGCCGGCGGAAGCGGAUAGAGUAGUGCGAGAUCUUUUAGCGGAGGUGGAGAAGGAGAAGCAGCGUGAGAGAGAGGAGAGGCAGAGACAAGGACUAGACUGCAAAGACAUCGACGACGAAGACGAGGACGAGGAAGAUUACCUCGGGAUUGAGCCGUUCAUAGAGAAGCUUAAGAAGCAGAACUUGAAAGACGACGGUGAACUGAACCGGCGCGAGGAAUCGUCGGAUUCGGAUAGCGAGCUUGACGAAGUGGAUUGGGAUGAAGAAAGGAAGAAAGAAGACAUGUUCAACAAGAAGUUCCAGAGGCAUAAAGAGCUUCUCCAAACCCUCACCAAGUCGGAGACACUCGAUGAGGCCUACAAGUGGAUGACCAAACUCGACAAAUUUGAGGAGAAACAUUUCAAACUGGCACCUGAAUACAGAGUUAUCGGCGAGCUGAUGAAUCGGUUGAAGGUAGCUGAAGGCAAAGACAAGUUCAUUCUCCAGCAGAAGAUAAACAGAGCUAUGAGGUUGGUUGAGUGGAAGGAGGCCUUUGACCCAAACAACCCAGCUAAUUAUGGAGUCAUCGAGCGGGACAAUGUUCAAGGUGGAGAAGAGAAAGAAGAGCGUCUUGUAGCAGAUGGCUCCAAGGACGAUAAUGAUGACAAUGAAGAGGAGUUUGAUGACAUGAAAGAAAGGGAUGAUAUUCUGCUGGAGAAGCUGAAUGCCAUCGACAAGAAACUUGAAAGUAAGCUUUCUGAGCUUGAUCAUACAUUCGGCAAGAAGGGGAAGCGGUUGGAAGAGGAGAUUAGAGAUCUGGCUGAGGAGAGAAAUGCUUUGACUGAGAAGAAAAGACAACCUUUAUACAGAAAGGGAUACGAUGUGCAUGUAAUUGAUGUUAAAAAAGUUGCCAAGGUCACAAAGGGUGGCAGGGUUGAAAGGUACACUGCGUUGAUGGUAUGCGGGAACUACGAAGGUGUCAUCGGGUAUGCAAAAGCAAAAGCUGAAACCGGCCAGUCUGCAAUGCAGAAGGCAUAUGAAAAAUGCUUUCAGAACCUGCAUUACAUAGAACGUCAUGAGGAGCACACCAUUGCACACGCAAUACAGACUUCUUACAAGAAAACUAAGUUAUAUUUAUGGCCUGCACCAACAACUACGGGAAUGAAAGCUGGGAGAGUUGUGAAAACAAUGUUGCUCCUAGCGGGGUUCAAGAACAUCAAGUCUAAGGUGAUUGGUUCAAGGAAUUCAUACAACACAGUUAAAGCAGUUUUGAAGGCGUUGAAUGCGGUGGAAACGCCAAAGGAUGUUCAAGAGAAGUUUGGCCGGACAGUUGUCGAGAAAUAUCUACUGUGAGCGCUACUGUUUUCAAGCCUUUGAUUUUCAUUGUUGAGUUUUGGAUCAAGUCAUAUGUUUUUUUUGGUCUAAGAUCAAG